CCGACGUCAAUCCGCGUAUAUAUAGACCUCCGAUACCGAUCCAAUAGUCAGUUCGGUUUUCGUCUUCGAUUGAUUUCCAGAGAUCACACACCCGACGACGGCACAACACUGCAACACUGAUACACCUACGCCUAUACCUAUACCGCCACCGAACCUACCGACACGGGCCGCCACAUCGUAGACGUUGCGAAGAAACACGCAUCACCGUCGCCGAACCAACAUGAAGAUGGUAAGUUUUUAGCGGGAAAAAAAAAAAAAAUAAAUAACCGCCCGAUCGUAAUAUCGGACUGCGCACUCGUACUUUUAUUUCGACGGAACAUCACGCGGACACAUCGUGUCCAUCGUUCGAGUAUUAUGCCGCUUACGUCUGUGGUGUCCGUCCCGCGGCGAAGAAGCGCGGUGCUCGAGUCGAAUUAUAUCGCGAUUUUUUUUCGUUUUCAUAAUUUUUUUUUUUCUCAUUCGGAUUUUUUCCCUUUUAUUUUUUGGUCUGCAGGCGCGCGUUCUAACAUGCGUUACGUUGAAAAUCGAUCGGCGACGUACUAUCGGUGUGGCUGCGAAAAGGCUCCGAAGGCGGUAUAUAUUCGUACGGCUCGAUCCGUUUAUAGAACGCCGUGUUAAGGUUAGGUCUGCGGCAGUUAGCUAUUGAACCAUUUAGAACCGUGGUACCAUUUAUGUCGUUCAGUAAUUUCCAAAUUGUAAUUCGUCCGGCACCAAAAAUAUGCGUUCGAAAAUGGUAUACGGAUUUCGUUUUGAAAAGUUCGACCGCGAUGCAGGUUUGAUACUGUCUUUUCUUCUUGGUUCGCCAAGAGACUCGCGAGUUUUGUAAUUUUUUUCACACGAUACACGCUUUUCUCGGUCCACGUCGCAUACACCCGUCGUGUUGUUGCGAACAGAUUUUGUUAGGAAAAAAAAAACCUACACAACGCGUUUUACGAAACGAAUACGUACGACUACAGCCUGGGCAGAUCUCACGUUUUAAUUUCCGGUUUUUACCGUGGCGAUAAAAAUUCCUAAUUUAAGUUAAUAUUAUUUUAUAAUAAUUGGAUACACGAUAUUGUGAUCAAUUUUAUUUAUUAUUUUAGAGAUUUAAAACAAGUUUUUCAAAAACAUACUCGCAGAAUGGCGGUCAUUUUAUCCUAGAUAGAUAUCUUGUAAUCGGGGGUUUACAAGCGAGAAUUUUUAAAAUUAACGCUCCCAUACGUGAACUUUGAUCACGUAGAACUUUCACUCGGUGUUUCGUUUGUUCAAACCGUAUACGCGAUUUUUCGUAUUUUUUUUUUAUAAGUUCUCAAAUAUAACGUAUUUUUUAAUGUAUUAUCGCCUAACGAAUUCACGGUUAUUAAACUUCAACUUUAUUGUUACUUGAAAAAUUAAUUGAUUGAUAUUAAAUUUUUGUAACUUCGAUAAAUUAUUAUUACUCAUAAAGUCAUAACUCAUAAGGUAUUCAUGGCAUAUAUACUAUGUUUACCCAUAGUACAAAAAACUGAACGUACUUUGCACCGCAGGUAGACUACCCUAGAGUACUGUCGUUGGUGGAUAGUUUGGAAGGUAUAUGAUUUAAAAAUGUAUAGGAAAAUAUGAUUUAGUUUAUGUACUGAAAGCAACGGUAAACUAUUGCAAUGAAAAAGCGAUUUUGAGUGAAACUCAGUAUACCGGUAAGGUUAUAAGUUAUAUAUACGGCGUGUAUUUUCUUUUGUGACCCAGAAAUCAACAAAAACUAAAACCAUGCAUUUACCUAACCUAAUCAUGCAUUUAUUUCGUUGUUAGUUUUUUAAAACAUUUGUUUGAAAAGAGUAUUGAGAAUUUUAAGAGUGUGUUUAAAUAAAAUAAUAGAAAAGAAAACGCAUCUUAGUAAAAAUAAAAUAGAUUUUUCGCUACAUACGAGAUCUAUAAAAUAAUACAAAUAUUUUUUUAAAGUAUAAGCUAUUUGAAGAAAAUUCGAUCAUUUUUAACAUUCAAAUUUUAAUAUACGCGAUCGUCUCAUUAAUAUACGACGUAAAAAAUACAUAAAAAUGCAAUUAAUUUUUUUCCCAUAAAUGUUAUUUUUUUGUUCGUUUUGAUGGUGGUCGUUACUAUGUUUUUAAUGGUUCGGAUAUAAUCAUAAAAUACCUGUCUGAGUAACAUUACAAAAAAAAAAAAAUUGUAAAGAAUGUAUGUAAAACACUUUAAUGUCUAAAAAGAAAAUAUAAUGCACAAUUCAAAUGUCAUUACUUAACUAUUAAAGUGUUUUUCUUAAUGCAAAAUGAAUUUUAAUUUAUUAAUAUUACUCAACUAUUGAAUCGCUAAUAGAACUGUUUUAAAACUUACUUUCUAUUAACGAUAUUAAAUCCAUUAAAAGAAAACAAGUGAUAUCAUUUUUUUUGUAUUUUUUGGUUAUUCUAGGUCAUUUAAGCCCAUCACCAUUUCCACAAUAUCUAAUCAAAUGCUUUUCUUUUAUAUUAUGUAAUACUCUUCUCCAUCCAGCACGUUUAAGGUUUUUAGACCAUCCCACUCAAUUUUUCCAUUGCCCACCGUUGUCUAGGUUUUAGAUAUCUAGUUUCUAUUUUGUGACUGAUCGUAUAAUUUAGCCCUUUGCUUUACAUAUAUUUUAACUAUGUAAACUUAGUUUAUAUCUUUUACUAAUCGAAAUUUUAUUAAUAAUAGGUAUACACAUGAAAAAGAAUAUAGAGUUUUUUUUGUUUAGAGUGCCUAUUAAUUUAAAAUGUUAAACACCAUACACUACAGUAAAUAAAACGAAACAUUUAGUACUGUACUUUUAAAAAUAAUUCAAGAUAUUUUUUAUAAUAAUCGGGUUUUACAAACCUUGUGUGACAUAUGAUUAUGUCUUACAAACACUAAUACAUAUAUUAUUGUAUAAAUAAUAUAAUGUAUUUUUUUCAGAUUUUAUUUAUUGCGUUUGUCGCCUUUGCGGCAGCUCAUCCACAAGGUUAUGAAUCCGAAGCUUCUUCCGGUUACGGAUCUCCAACUACGCCAUCGAUACCUUCUACACCUAAUGAAGGUUACGAAAAUGCCGCAGUAGAUGUCUCAGCAUACACAGUAAACGCUGGAGCCACUGGAUAUCAAUCCACUGCUGGAUCGUACCAACAAUCGACUUCAGCUCCUUCAUACAAAACUAAUGCAUUUUCUGGUUACUUGUCUGGCGCCGGAUCGGGUGCGCAAGCUGCGUACAAAUCUGCAGGUGGCGCUUCUUAUCAGUCCCCUUCAGCAAGUUCACAAUACUCAAAAGCCCCGCAAUCCGGUUACCAGUCCAGUGCUGCAGGAUCUUAUCCGUCCGCUCCAGCUGCACCAUCUUAUUUACAAAACGCACAGCCCGGUUAUCAAGCGCCCAUAUCACAGACAUACUCGUCACAAGGCGGACAAAUUUUCCAAUUUGGCGGUGCUCCUGCUUCUUACCAAUCUACCCCGGCUGUUCCGACAUCCACUCAAGUGAGUAAAUCCGGUUACGUUCUAAGGCCUUCUUCUCCGUCAUACGGUUCCAAAUCUACUGCCGCUCCUUCGUAUCAAUCAACCGCUUCGCCAUCGCAAUAUCAACCACAAGCCUCUUCUCCGUCAUCGUACGGCCAACGUUCUCGUCCAAAGCCAGUAUCGCCUGCUUCGGCACUGUACCCGAAAUCAGGAUCUGAAUACGAAGCCCCCAAAGCACCGGUCGGUUCUCCUAGUGCACCCGCAGAUGCUUAUAAACCAGCAAGCAACGGAUACAACGCGUUUGCACCAGGCAAUGUCGCUGGACCCGUAGAAGUUAUUCCCAUUCUGUCCCAGUCCAACCAACCGAAUCUCGGCGAUGGAUCUUACUCAUACAGGUAAUAUUUUAAACGUAAACAAAUAAUAAUACGUAAUAUGUAAUAACGUUUUUUUAAAUUAUGUUUAUAGCUACGAAACUGGCAACGGUAUUUCGGUUUCGGAAUAUGGUCAACUUAAACCAGGUGGCCCAGAAGGUAUCCAGACAGUUUAUGGAUCUUUCAGCUACCCCGGAGAAGACGGUAAACUCAUCACGAUCACUUACACCGCCGACGAAAACGGAUUCGUGCCGAAAGGUGACCACCUUCCAACACCGCCACCGAUUCCCGCUGAAAUUCUUCAGUCGUUAGAACAGAAUGCUGCUGAAGAAGCCGCACAACAAGCGUACCAACAACAGCAAGCCGCUUACGGACAGAGUGGAAGUUCGACUUCGUACGCACAAGAAUCGGGAGCUUACGCACAAACAUCCGCUCCAGGAAAUUCCGCAAAAGCAUAUUACUCCGGAGGAUCUUACAGUCAGACUUCUGCCCCAGCAUCUUACGGACAAACCUCUGCCUCGACAUCUUACGGACAGACAUCCGCAUCUGUAGGUUCAUACGGCCAAUCGUCAACCGCUGCCCCGAAACAACCAAGCUACCAGAACGCCGGUGAACAGUCUUCCGGAUCAUACGGUCAGCCGUCCGGCCCGUCGUCUUACGGACAAACUACCGCCCCUGCCGGUUCGUCGUCUUACGGACAACCUGCCGCCCCUGCCGGUUCGUCGUCUUACGGACAAUUUGCCGUCUCUGGCGGUUCGUCGUACAAACCGCAACAAGGUUACCAGGGCCAAAGCGCAUCGGCGGCUUACAAAAAGUCCCCCAGCGCAUCGGCCUAUUGAGAGCUCGUCAAUUAUGAUUUUUCUUUUUUCUUCUCCUUAAAGUAAUAAUUUAUAAUGUAAUAUUUUCAUAAAAAUUUAUUAUUUAUCGUAAUAAAAAAUAUAAAUU